CCUCAUUCCUUUAAGAACAGUCUGACUUCCCUCUUUGCCUAUCUGUCAGGAGAUAUUGUUAUCAGCAAAAUACCAGAGUAUUUUGGUGUUACACCAGGAAAAGUGAAACAGACCAUUUCCACUUCUAGAUGUAUUUCUUCUUCUCUUUGAGAGAACUCAGGAAUUUGUCAGAGACUGAAUAAUCUGCUUUCAGUUCAUAAAGAUGGUCCUCUUUUGGCUUUUCUUCUUGAUACUAACUGUUUCCUCAGGACUUUUGAAUAAAAAGGAAAAAGAUAAGCCUGACUGUACCAAGUAUGUAAACCAAAUACCAUACCAGUGCACCAAAGAGUUGGAUCCUCUCUGUGGCAAGAAUGGUAAAACAUAUCAAAAUGAAUGUCUGUUUUGCAAUGCAAUGAGGAAUUAUGAACCUCUUUCUCAAUUUAAACACUAUGGUUCAUGCUGACUUCAUGGCAGUGCACAUAGCUUAUGCACUGUCAUGGCUUCUCAGGCUUGGUACAUGCUGUACCAGUCUUGUUCUCCUCAUCUGUAACCAGGAAGUCAACAGUUAUUGAUUCUUUUUGGUUGAAUGUUGUAAGAAAAAACAAUGUACUUUUGUUUAUUUUCACAACUAAAUAGCAUUAAACAUCUACUUCAUUUUUU